CGUAUUUGAGCUCAAUAUGGCCGCGAUUGCUGUUCUCAAGAACUCUAUGCUUAAACCGUCUCUUUGCCGCUUUGCUGGCACUGUAAAUGCUGCGGUUUUCCAGAAGUACGGAAACCCGACGAAUGUUUUGAGAAGACAAAAGGUCCAAUUGAAGGACGUUUCUAAGAAUGAUGUUCAGCUCCAGAUGCUCGUUUCCUCUCUUUCGCGAUAUGAUAUGGAUGUUGUUCUUGGUAAGAAUCCGCAGCCCUUCACUUUCCCCAUGAUCGGAGGAAACGAAGGAGUGGGAGUCGUCCAGAAGGUCGGCGAGCAGGUGUCUUCUCUCAAGGAGAAAGAUACCGUGAUGCUGAUCCGUCCCUACAAGGGAACCUGGGCCGAGCAAAUGGUCGUUUCCGAGAACGACGUUCUGCCCGUGCCGGAAGGUCUGUCUGCCGAGUCCUGCUCGGUUCUUCUGAAUUCUGCGGGUAUUGCCUACCGCCUCCUCAACGACUUCGUGUCUCUGAAGAGCGGCGACGUGGUGCUCCAGAACGACGCCUCCUCGACGGUGGGUCUGGCCGUGAUCGAGCUGUGCAAGGCUCGCGGCAUCAAGACGGUGAACGUGGUGAAGGACUGCGGCAAGGGCAAGAACGACCUCUGCCAGCCCGCGAACCAGGUCGGCGGCGACGUGGUGAUCCGCGAGUCGCAGCUGCAGAGCAAUGACUUCCAGAAGAUCCUGAGCGACCUGCCCGCUCCGACACUGGUUCUGAACGCGCGCGGCGGCGCGGUGAUGACGGGAAUGAGCGCGCAGCUGCGAAAGGGAGUGGUGGUCACGUACAACGAGACGACGCAGAGCCCGUUCUCGGUGAGCGCGUCGAUGCUGAUGAGUGGCGAUAUCUGUUUGAAGGGAUUCAAUAUGAACGAGUGGCUGAGCGGAGCCAGCGUGCAGGACGUGAAGAGCAUGGUGGACGAGCUGGCGGAGCUGGUGAAGAGCGAUAAAUUGCAUCUGGGCGUGAAGAAGACGCAGUUCUCGGAGCUGGAGAAGCUGCCGCUCACUCAUCUCUGCCCGUGUUUCCAGACUUAUGUUCAGUCGAUGGACCAGUAAGCGUUUCGUUUAAUUCCAAUCACAAUU